GCUAGCGUCUUAAAUGUCAUGCUUAACCUCGUUCUGUCGCUUGCCCAACGAUCAGCCAAGGACCACCGAUCAGACACGAGCAUCUGUCCAGUAGUUUACUCCUGCAGACUCUCAGUAUCAUACCUACCAUCACUCACAGCAAUGGCUUCACGGCCGCAAACACCAUCUGUCAUGGAUGCCGUUACAAAUACAGCCCGUUCGACGAGUCUCCGUCUCGACGCGGAUGCGACACCAGCUCAGAACAACACAGACUCAAAUGUGGCCAACAGUGGCGCUCAGAGCUCUCCAUUCGUAUCCCCAGCCAAGCCUGCGCCGAGCGUCAACAAGGAGAACACAUCACCGAGCAAGAUACGACACUCGAGAAUAUUGUCCGGUGCCGAGCUCUCCCCGCUCAAGAUCCUCAGCUCCAUAGACGACAAUGCAAGGUCAGAAGGGCGAUCGCCAGAUCGAUUACCAUCCGGUGGCCAGCGCAGUCCUCGCAAAGCGUCUCCAGAAAAGCGUUUCCCCGUGCGUGUCAACGCGCCGGAACCCUCUCCGCCGAUUGUCGAACCACAGCCUAUUGUCACCGAGCAGGACAUCACGCUCGAGGACGCUCUGCAGCAGAACAAGGAACUUGCCAAGGCUAUCAAGAUCUUUGAAGACGAGGACAGUGUUAUGCUUGACACUGCUGAGGAUGACCACGACCUGACUUCUGUGUCUGCCGGCACUGUACAUGCCGAGGACGAUGGGGCCGGUGCAGACGACACCAUGGUCAGCACUUUCAGCACAUUCUCCGCGGUACCAAACAUGACAAUGUUUGCCCGGCUGGGUCAGACACCCAGCAAGUUCCCAAAACUUGACACUACAGUCACCGGGUCUACCCGCAAGAGGCCAGACCUCUCCCCGGCCCGGACACCUCGCCCACCAGUAUUUCACGAGUCGGGCAACACUACCAACCUGCUGAUGGACUUCACCGACCAGCUUGCCGGCUUCUCGUCCAGACAGUCCCCCAUGCGGAGAACAAACACCACUGGCAACAUGCAGAGCGCCUCUACCCCUAUACGACGCCAGUCAAAUCUACUAGACUUUGAUAUCCCUCCUCUACCUACACCCAGAAGCAUCCCCACAGUCACGCAGCGAGAGCUGGAGUCACUCAAGUCGGCUUUCCUCUCAGAGAUCAGUAGCCUAAAGGCAUCUCUAAGCGGCAAAGAGGCCGAGGUGCUGUCCCUCAAAACAGCCGUUGGCGAUGCUGAGAAGCGCGUCGGUGAGUGCAUGGAGCAGCUCAGGGAGGCCGAGGGCGUGCGAGACUCGCUCUUGGACGAAAGGGAGGACAGAGACAGGCAAGCUCGUGAGAUGGAGGGCGUCUUGCGCAAGGUCAAGGAGGAGAUCGCCAAGGGACAACAAGCGUGCGAGUCGCUAGAAUCACGCCUCGAAGAGAGUGAGAAGCGACGAGAGGCAGCCGAGAUCAUGGCCCAGGAGGCGGAGAGCAAAAUGGCCGGCAUGCGCGCUGGCAAGGCCUACGCCGAUGCCGAAAAGUCUCCAGAGAAGUCCAAGGCCGCGCUGUCUCGCGAAAAGGAGAUAUCGGCUGCUGUCGAGACUGCUGGCCUGGAACUUCAUGCGCUUUACAAGAGCAAGCACGAGACUAAGGUUGCGGCGCUUAAGAAGAGCUACGAGAAGCGCUGGGAGAAGAAGGUUAGAGAGCUUGAGCAGAAGGUCAGCGAGUUUGAGGAGGAGAAUGAGAAGCUGCGCCUCGGUCGCAACGCCACGAUGACCAAGUUCGACCCCAACAUGUCGGUCAUUGACGAAGAGCGCCGCGAACAGUCAAUCAAGGACUCGGCACAGAUCAAGGAGAUGCGGGCCGAGAUCGAGCAGCUCAAGGCAAUCGUGAAGAGUGUCAAGGCAGACAACGCGGAGAUACUUGUUCUGCUCGAGAGAGAGCGGGUCGAGAAGGGGGAGCUCGUCCAGCUUGCCGAGGAGAUGAUGCAAAUGCAGUCGAUGCAGAGCUUCAUCCAGACGCAGGAGGAUACUAAGCCUCAAGCGACCCCGGCCAAGCCGCCGAAGACUCCAGCCGUGCCGCAAUCACGAAACAGCCUCGCGAGCGUGCGAUCGAGCGGUCUUCGGGCCCCCGGCUCGGUGAAGAAGCCCGGCGAGAGCAAGAUCGGUGGGCUUGGCCACGAGAGGAACAGGCUGGGCGGCUCCCACGGCAUGCUUGCUCGUCCUGGCCAAGGCCUGAGUUCGAGGAGUGGCAUCAUGAGCUCGAUUGAGAAGAUGGGCAGCCACCGGGGACGUGCAGACUAACUCAGGUUGGUCUGAUGGGCUGCUCGCAUGAGUUCAGCAGUUUGGAAAUGUUCUUGGGACAUCGGCGUUCUAUCCAGGUUCGCCCUGCUCUUUGAUGAAGCAGGGUUUGUGUUGCGCGGUAAUGGUGGUUUUGCCCAAUUUUUGACGACAAAUUACGCAGGGCGCUCUCCUGACAGAGAGAAUGUGAGACGGAGUGCUCGCUUGUAAAUACAACCUAGAGCAAGCAUGAAUGACGAGAUUUGAUGACCUUACCCCAGUUG